AUAUAAUUUCAUCAGGUUAUACUUUCUAUUUUACCGUUCAUAAUUUUGUUGUUCAAAUCAACCUCUUCGUUAAGGAGAGGAAAAAACCUAAACAGAUAAGAAAGGAUAAAAGAAAGAGAGGGCUGAUCUUACAAGAAAGAUGGGAGGUGGAAAGAACAAACAUGAUGGCCGGGACGAACAGGACAGAGGGAUAUUCUCUAAUCCCGGUGCGUAUGCUGCUGGAGCAGGACAUCAUUACCCUCAUCAUGGAGCGUACCCUCCUGCCGGAUAUCCACCCCACUGCUAUCCUCCUGCCGGAUAUCCACCACAAGGCUAUCCUCCGGCUGGUUAUGGAUACGGAUAUCCUCCACCACACGGAGGGUAUCCUCCUCCAUACGCAUACCCUCCAGCAGGCUAUCCAGGCGCACAUCAUUCAGGGCCUGGAAUGGGAGGACUCGUUGCAGGGGCUGCAGUUGCAUACGGUGCUCACCACAUGGCGCAUGGGGCGUACCACCGUCCUCAUGGUGGCUUCUUUGGCCACCACGGCAAGUUUAAGCACGGGAAGUUCAAGCAUGGCAAGUUUGGGAAGCGCUGGAAGCAUGGCAUGUAUGGGAAGCACAAACACAUGAAACGAUGGAAAUGAUCGAUGCGACAAACCAUCCUAGGUUUUUCUGUGUCAUCAUUUUAUUUCCUCUACUGUUAAUCUCAAACUUAUAUUUCUUCUAUUAUGGUUGUGUAUAGAGUUUGUCAGUUAGUUACUGAAUGAAUGUUAUGUUGGUAUAUGUGAUGCUAACAACGAAUAAAAUACGAGACUGAAAUACGAGUAGAUA